GCCUUGUUGAUUGAGUUUGUGCACUUAUUAGCAUCAUUAGAUUCCUCAGCCAGUGAAACUUCAAGUGCUUUGAUAAUAUGUAUAACCUUAACGCAAUUCUUACUACUUUUCUCGUCGCUUCGACGGCUGUUACGCAAACAUUGCCGCCGUCUCCGACCGCAUCUGUAGGGUGUCAUCCCCAUGAUGAUCAUUGGCAUUGCGAUGGUCCGGCUUCAAGCACGGCCCUUGUAACUAUAUCCAGCACUCACAAUAACGAAACCCUCGGAACCCUUGCGCCAAGUCCCACGGAGUCUAUCGGUUGUGAGCCGUACGGGGACUACUGGCACUGCGAUGGGCCUUAUGUGGCCGAAACUGCAUCGUCUAUACAGCCUAUAGAGACAGCCGGCGUUGGAAAAUUAGGGGCUAGUAGCAUUGCAAUACUAGGAGGCUUAUUCGCAGUUGCAGGAAUGGGUUUCCGAUAGGCAAUGUCGAUCGUAAAUUGGAAUGUGUUAAGCUGGAUGAUAGUAUACUCUUAGUAAAGCUGGAAGACAAUCAAGGUUUAGGCUUAGGUACAUGAUACUUUUGUUACGGCUAUAUUUGACAACAAUAUACAUCUCGGU